AUGGGCCCCAUCCAUCUGAAACUUCAGCUGCCUCUGCCAAAGCCUUACACUCCUUUACCCCCCUCUUACCUUCCUGUCUCGCAGCGAGGUGGUCUCCAAAUUCAACAGAUUCUCUCCCAACCACCUCAGUCUGGUACUCGUGAAGGUGACACAAUCCAGUCUCAUAUGCUUCAAACUGAUACUACUCAAGUCGAUUCUGCUCGACCUGACGCCACGCAACUUAGCAACGAUGUUUUUGAUGCCCAGCCAUGUCGUAAGCGAUCUGCCUCAGAGUCAAAUACCAGUCAACCAGAGGUGAAGAAGGCCAAAUUUUCAGAAUUCGAGAUUCAACAAUCAUCCUCUGCAAACCUCGAGUCAACAAGCAACCCACAAGACAAGCCAGAAGCCCAUGAAGCUAGUGUCUAUCAAAAUAACAAAAUCGCGUACGGUCUGUACAUCGAUGCUGGUGUCUCUCCCAAGGAUGUUUUUGACAACGAUAUCAUCAUCACUACUCUUGGAGGCGGCAAGGCUAAGAAUGAAAAUGGCGAUGUCCAGCGCGCCAGAGAUCAUGCCAUUGAGGGUCGAAACGACACUGCUUUCCACAAUUGUCUGGAAAGGUUGCAGACUCUCUUAGUGAUUGUUGGCAAGAAGAAUACAAACUGUCCAGUCAAGCUUCAUUACAACUUCAAUGUUUUGGGUCACGAUCAUAUCACAGCUAUGUGA